AUGGAAUUUUCCUGGGUAAAUGGCCAGGAAUCCCAGCGCCUGCUCCUCUCGGUUCUCUUUUUUGCAUUCUUGGAGGCAGGGAGCAGCCAGCUCCAUUACUCGGUCUCCGAGGAGGCCAAACACGGCACCUUCGUGGGCCGCAUCGCGCAGGACCUGGGGCUGGAGCUGACGGAGCUGGUGCCGCGCCUGUUCCGGGUGGCGAAAUUUUUAGACCGAGAAGAAACGCCGGAGAUUUUUCUAGUGCUCACGGCCACUGAUGGAGGCAAACCUGAGCUGACUGGCACCGUUCAAUUACGAAUCACAGUAUUGGACGCCAAUGACAAUGCUCCGGUUUUCGACAGAACGCUGUAUACAGUGAAACUGCCAGAAAACGUUCCAAAUGGAACAUCGGUAAUUAAAGUGAAUGCUUCUGAUUUAGAUGAAGGCUUGAAUGGAGACAUUGUUUAUUCAUUUUCCACUGAUGUUUCACCAAAUGUGAAAAACAGGUUCUACAUAGACCGAAUUACAGGACAGAUCAGUGUACAUGGCUAUAUUGAUUUUGAAGAAUGUAAGUCCUAUGAAAUUCUAGUGGAGGGCACAGACAAGGGACAGCUCCCACUAUCUGGCCAUUGUAGAGUUAUUGUAGAAGUACAGGACAUCAAUGACAAUAUCCCGGAUUUGGAAUUCAAGUCACUCUCACUUCCGAUUAGAGAGAAUGCUCCUUUGGGCACUGUCAUAGCCCUGAUCAGCGUAUCAGACCAGGAUUCAGGAGCCAAUGGGCAGAGAUUAGAGAGGGGUAACAAGACUGCGAUGCUAUAUUCCCAGAGAAAAAGUCCGGGAUCCCGGUGUCUGCUGCUCUGGCUUCUGCUCCCCGCAAUCUGGGAGGCAGGGAGCGGCCAGCUCCACUACUCGGUCCCAGAGGAGGCCAAACACGGCACCUUCGUGGGCCGCAUCGCGCAGGACCUGGGGCUGGAGCUGACGGAGCUGGUGCCGCGCCUGUUCCGGGUGGCGUCCAAGGGCCGCGGGGACCUUCUGGAGGUAAAUCUGCAGAAUGGCAUUUUGUUUGUGAAUGGUCGGAUCGACCGGGAGGAGCUGUGCGGGCGCAGCGCGGAGUGCAGCCUGCACCUGGAGGUGAUCGUGGACAGACCGCUGCAGGUGUUCCACGUGGAGGUGGAGGUGAAGGACAUUAAUGACAACCCUCCUAGAUUCUCUCGGCCAGAACAAACGCUGCCGGAUUCUUUCUUUCCACUAGAGGGCGCAGCAGAUGCAGAUGUUGGAUCAAAUUCUGCCUUAACCUAUAAACUCAGUUCUAGCGAGUAUUUUGCGCUAGAUGUGAAAACAAGCAGUGAUGACAACAAACAAAUUGGGCUCAGGUUGAAAAAAUCCUUGGACAGAGAGGAGGCUCCUGAACACAGCCUACUCCUGAUGGCCACCGAUGGAGGGAAACCCGAGCUCACGGGCUCUCUCCAACUGCUGGUGACCGUGCUGGACGUGAAUGACAAUGCUCCCAGUUUUGAACAAUCUGAAUACAAGGUGAAAAUAUUCGAAAACGCAGACAAUGGAACAAUGGUUAUCAGAGUGAAUGCUUCUGAUCGUGAUGAAGGAACCAAUGGGGCAAUUUCAUAUUCGUUUAGUAGCCUCCUUUCCCCCAGGGUUUUGGACCAGUUUAGCAUAGAUGGGAAAACAGGAGAAAUUGUAAUUAAAGGGAAUCUGGAUUUUGAACAAGAAACCUUAUACAAAAUCCGAGUUGAUGCAACAGACAGAGGACACCCUCCGAUGGCAGGACACUGUACGGUUUUAGUGAAAGUAUUAGAUAAAAAUGACAAUGCGCCUCAGAUUGCAUUGACGUCUUUAUCCUUGCCUGUUCGAGAGGACGCUCAAUUGGGAACCGCCAUUGCCCUGAUUAGCGUGUCAGAUUCUGACUCUGGAGACAAUGGGCAGGUGACCUGCUCCCUGACGCCUGACACACCCUUCAAGCUGGUGUCCACCUUCAAAAAUUAUUACUCAUUGGUUCUGGACAGCGCCCUGGACCGAGAGACCACCUCUGACUAUGAGUUGGUGGUGACCGCCCGUGACGGGGGCUCGCCUCCGCUGUGGGCCACCGCCAGCGUGUCGGUGGAGGUGGCCGACGUGAACGACAACGCGCCCGUGUUCGCACAGGCCGAGUACACGGUGUUCGUGAAGGAGAACAACGCGCCCGGCUCGCACAUCUUCACGGUGUGGGCGCGCGACGCGGACGCGCAGGAGAACGCGCGCGUGUCGUACUCGCUGGUGGAGCGGCGGGUGGGCGAGCGCGCGCUGUCGAGCUACGUGUCGGUGCACGCGGAGAGCGGCAAGGUGUACGCGCUGCAGCCGCUGGACCACGAGGAGCUGGAGCUGCUGCAGUUCCAGGUGAGCGCGCGCGACGCUGGCGUGCCCGCCCUGGGCAGCAACGUGACUCUGCAGGUGUUCGUGCUGGACGAGAACGACAAUGACAAUGCGCCUGCGCUGCUGGGGCCUCCCGGCGGCGGCGGCGGCGGCGGCGGCGCGCGCAGCGAAGUGCUGUCGCGCUCGGUGGGCGCUGGCCACGUGGUGUCCAAGGUGCGCGCGGUGGACGCGGACUCUGGCUACAACGCGUGGCUGUCGUACGAGCUGCAGCCGGCGGCGGCCGGUGCGCGCAGCGCGUUCCGCGUGGGGCUGUACACGGGCGAGAUCAGCACCACGCGCGCGCUGGACGAGGCGGACGCCGCGAGGCAGCGCCUGUUGGUGCUGGUGAAGGACCAUGGCGAGCCGGCGCUGACGGCCACCGCCACGGUGCUGGUGUCUCUGGUGGACAGCGGCCAAUCGCCCAAGCUGUCUUUGCGUGCCUCGGAGGGCGCCGUGGCUUCGGAGGCGACGCUGGUGGACGUGAACGUGUACCUGAUCAUCGCCAUCUGCGCGGUGUGCAGCCUGCUGGUGCUGACGCUGGUGCUGUACGUGGCGCUGCGGUGCUCUGGGGCGGCUGUGGGGCGGAGCGAGGGCGCGUGCGCGCCUGGGAAGCCUGUGCUGGUGUGCUCCAGCGCGGUGGGGAGUUUGACUUACUCCCAGCAGAGGAGGCAGAGGGUGUGCUCAGCAGUGGUUCCAUCCAAUACGGAUCUCAUGGCCUUCAGCCCCAGCCUUCCCCAAGUUCCUACUUCUGCAGACAACAUAAAAAUAGAAGAAUUUAAAAAACUCAGCUUGGACACAUGUCAUAUUGGAGAAGGGAGAAAUACACAUUAUUGUUUGCAAAAUAAUUUUGAUAUUGGAAAAAGUUGA